AUGGGCUCCAUCAGUGAAGCAAAUGCAGAAUUUGCUUUUGAUGUAUUCAAAGAGCUGAAAGUCCACCAUGCCAACGACAACAUCUUCUACUCCCCCCUGAGCAUCAUUUCAGCCCUGGCCAUGGUCUAUCUGGGAGCAAGAGGUAACACCCAAUCUCAGAUGGAGAAGGUUCUUCACUUUGAUAACAUUACAGGAGUUGGAGAUGCUAUUGACUCUGAGUGUGGCACUUCUGAAUACAUCCACAGUGCAUUCAAGGAUCGCCUCUCAGACAUCACCAUGCCAAAUGCUACAUACUCACUGAAGAUGGCUGACAAGCUCUAUAUUGAAAAAACAUACCCCAUCCUUCCGGAAUACUUAAACUGUGCAAAAAAAUUCUAUGAAGCAGGGCUGGAAGAAGUUGACUUCAAAACAGCUGCAGAGGAAGCAAGACAGCUCAUUAAUUCCUGGGUGGAGAAAGAGACAAAUGGACAGAUCCAAGAUUUUCUUGUGGCAGGCUCCGUUGAUCCAGAUACUGCACUGGUCCUUGUGAAUGCCAUUUACUUCAAAGGGAUAUGGAAGACAGCAUUUAAAGAAGAACACACUCGGGAAGUGCCCUUCAAUGUGACAGAGCAAGAAAGCAGACCUGUGCAAAUGAUGUGUCAGAACAGUACCUUCAAAGUGGGAGCGGUGCCUUCAGAGAAAAUUAAGAUCCUGGAGCUGCCCUAUGCCAGCGGAACGCUGAGCAUGUGGGUGCUGUUGCCUGAUGAAGUCUCUGGUCUGGAGCAGCUUGAGAAAAAAAUCAACUUUGAUAAAUUUACUGAGUGGACCAGCCCCAGCGUGAUGGAAAAGAAGAGGGUGAAAGUGUACCUCCCGCGCAUGAAGAUGGAGGAAAAAUACAACCUCACAGCUGUCUUAAAGGCCUUGGGUAUGACCGACCUGUUCAGCUCUUCAGCCGACCUGUCUGGCAUCUCUUCGGCAGAGAGCCUGAAGAUAUCUGAGGCCAUCCAUAAGGCAUUCAUGGAAGUCAAUGAAGAGGGCACUGAGAUGGCUGGCUCAGCAGAUGCGUUGGGAGACAUCAAACAAUCUGAGUUUGAAGAGUUUAGGGCUGACCACCCUUUCCUUUUCUUCAUCAAACACAAUCCAACCAACAUUAUCCUCUUUUUUGGUAAAUAUUGUUCUCCCUAA